AUGUUGGCCUCCACCAGUGCUUUCCUCCUUUUCUCAUCUGCCCUUUUCGCCUCCUUUACUGCCUCGCCGAUCCAGAAUCUGGCCGACUGCCCGUUCCCGAAUGGAACCGACAAGCAGAUCCACUCGUACAUGUGCUCCGAAAAUGAGCAGUUCUCCAUCACCGACAUUCAGACGCUGGACAAGAACGGUCAGCCGCUGUACCCGAUCGACCCUCGUCAGGAGUUCAUUCUCAAUCUGACCACCUACAAUCACGGAGAGCAAAUCGAUGACAACGAGGUCAACGUAAAGAUUUAUCAGUACAAGGCCGGAUGGUCUGGAGACUGUUCCUGGAAUUCCAUUCCGACUUUCGGACUUCUCAACGGAAUCGACGGAUGCCAAUUCGCCCACAACUGCCCACUCACUUCUGGACCGCUUUUCCUGAUCCUACCGCUGGAUCUCAGCCAGUUCUCGGCCAUCAUAAACUUGCUCGCCGCCUAUGUAAGUUACCGUAUCGCCUAGACCACCCGAUAAAGUGCUUCAGAAACCAUACCAACUCGAGAUCCGUAUGUACAACUACAACGCGGGAAACACUGUCCACGAGGAAAUCGCGUGUGUGAUGGCACAAGUCGAGCUAUCCUAA